AAAGACACCUCAAAUGGCACCUGGAAAAACAUCAGAGUGACAAUCGGUGAUGUGAAUAAGAGAAACUGCAGCACACAGCUGGACAGAGUUGGACCUCAGCAAGAAGGGACGUAUUACUUUAGGACUGAAGGAACAUAUAGCUAUACAUUUAAUAAAAAUGGUGUUAGCAUUAAAGUGACAGAUAAGCCACUGAUCACUCCAGUUGUCCCAGCAGUGGAGGGCACAGUCACCAGUCUGACCUGCUCUGCUCCAUCUUCUUGUACCAGUGACCCCCUAGUUCUGACCUGGGGUGACAAACUGAAUGGGGAAAAAACUGAGGAGUCCACGAGGGAAAAUGGAGCCAAAGUCACUUCUGUCCUGCGUUUUACUGCGUCACACGUCCACCACAACAAGACGCUCACCUGCACAGCGAGCAGCCGAGGACAACGCUGGACCAACAUGGCCACUCUGAAUGUCACUUAUUCUCCAAAAAACACUAAAAUUACAGGCCUUCCUAUCCAGAACAUACCAGAGGGGGGCGCUGUGACUCUGAGCUGCACCUCCAAUGCAAACCCGCCCAGCAGCUACACCUGGUAUCAUGAGAGGGGAUCAUCUGUGACCCAAAGAGCAUCUGGACAGGACCUGAACAUCACAAACGUGACCCUCGGUGAUGGUGGGCUCUACUACUGUGAGGCGAAGAACCAACAUGGAGGGGAGAACUCAACAGCAGUGACCCUCAAUGUCCAAUAUCCUCCAAGAAACACCAAAGUUACAGGCCUUCUUGUCCAGAACAUAUCAGAGGGGGCGCUGUGACUCUGAACUGCACCUCCAAUGCAGACCCCCCCAGCAGCUACCGCUGGUAUCAUCAGAGAGGAUCAUCUGUGACCCAAAGAGCAUCUGGACAGGAACUGACCAUCACAAACGUGACCCUCGGUGAUGGUGGGCUCUACUACUGUGAGGCGAAGAACAAACAUGGAGAGGAGAACUCGACAGCUGUGACCAUCGAAGUAAAGUCUGCACCUUCCUCCAUUGCUCAUCUCGUGAGUCUUGGCCUCGGGUCGGCUCUGCUGCUACUGCUGCUGCUUCUUCUCCUGGUUUGGUGUUUUAACAAGAAAGUAAAAAUGAACAAGAGAGCCAAGCAAGAACGAGAAGCACCUGACGGGAGCCAACAGAAUUCCUGUACAGAGACUGACCAAAGAGGAGCAGGAAGGACUGAAAUUGAACCUGCCAGCCCUGAAAAACAUGGCGUUCUUUACACUUCUAUUAACUUCUCUAAAAAGAAAAAUAAACAGAAACAAGAGAGUGAUGAUGUGUAUUGUAACACAUCCACAAACCGCUCAAACAACGAUGUCGUAUACGCUACUGUUAAACGUUAAACACAUUGGAGAAGCUCUGCAGUGUAAGUUUAGAAUAAUCUUAUAAAAUCAGUUACCUAACACCAAACAUGGCAACCAACAACAAAUGUUAAAGCUGAACAUCCCGCAUAUUUGGACAUCAAGAGUCGAGACACAAAAUGACUGAACUCCUAUGUCCUCCACCCAUUGCCUGUUGUAUCCAGCAGGAGGUCCAGGCUCCAUGGAGAGUAUUCUUGUAGACCUCCAGCCAUACUACGGUAGACGUAUUCCCUCCCUUGUGAUCACAUUUGAGACAUUCAGACAAGAAAUUACGGCACUGAAGAAACUUAAACUAUGAAUCUGCAUUUAAAGGAAGCUAUCACUAUCAACCACACAUGAUCAGCUGAAGGAAGCCCAUAGGAUAGUAUGAAGUCAAGUCAAUAAUUAUCCUUAUUGAUUCAUCAGAAUCUCGAUACGGACUUGCUCAAUGUUGUCGUUGGUUGUGAACAAGUGUACCGCUCUUCACGCUUAAUGUUUGCCCGGCCAUUUUUAAACUUCUUAAUCCAUUCACAAACACUCCACCAAGGUAAAACGCUGUCUUCAAAUUGAAGACUUGAGCGUACCUUAAGUUCAUAAAAAGACAAUUUCUGCUUACUGCUCUGCCUUUGGUGGAAAUGGAGAGCAGAGAGACCCUUUGUACAAACCGACUGAUCAAGAUCACCACUGUUCUACUGUGACCACAGACACACUGUGUUUCCACAUCUGCUCAGGAAAGCUGCACAGCCAACCGAAACAAACGUAUCACAAAAGUGUGCGUAAUCGCUGACUUACCUUUGUACAUUUGACUUAAAGGUCUUCGGUGGGAUCUUCGGCUAUUUUACAUCCAUCUUCAGGGGAGAUGGAGAGAUCUUCCAAAGGGAUGGACGUCAGGGAAUGACUUCUAUUUGUUUCUGAUUCAUUAGAUGAUUUCACUUAUGUUGUACACUUAAAGCUGCCCCUUGUUGCAUUUUAUACUAACAAGCACAACAUUACAAGCAAAGGGAGGGUCAGAAACAACAGCAACAAUUUCUAUCAUACAAGAGUGUAGCUCAAAGUGCGUUACAAGGUACUGUCAAAUCUCACAUACUGUAUAGCGCACACUCGUGUAGAAUGAGUUUUCAAGAUUUAGGGUGGAUGUCGACAUUUGUUGACAGGAGGGAUGAGGGCGAUAAUCGGCUGCAAAAGUUGAAAAAACUCACCGUUACAAUAAAAGUAGACUCUCUUUGAUUGGAGGAGCGUUAGACUAGUUGACUUGUGACGUCUAAUCCCUGUGUGUGCAUGAGUAGUGAUGAGCAAACGAUGGCAAAACUGGCAUCGACAUCUGGCGAGAGAGAAUCGAAUGCACAAAGCAGCAUACUGAGUGGAUGAUGUUUUUUAAUAUUUUUUAUUAUUUUGAAUUGGAUUCUGACAUGUCAGACUCUGAUUUUGGUGUGCGUGAUUCGGAGAUUGAGAUCAAAGACAAAAGUGUGAUAGCGGCAUCAGCUGAUUGGUAGGUGAUGCGUCUACGGCAACAUUCGCCUGGGAGGACCGCCACUCACAAUGACAAGAGGUACAAACCAGAUUGCAUCAUACUUCAACCUCAGCUGCUGCUGCUCUUCUACCGAUGCCACCCAGAUAUGGCGAACACACCAUGAGAGUGGCUACAGAACCAGCAACAGACAUUUUAUGUUGAUUCAUAUGUGAAUCCAUUGCUUUGUGCACUUUUCAGAAAAUAGCCCUUCACCCGUUCACCACACAACCGCUGCAAUAGACACACAAUGACAGUGCACUGAUUUAUGUGAGAAAUUAUUGCUUUAAAAUGAUGUCUCGUCUAUAAUGCACACUCCCUUUUUUAGUGAACUAAUAUGAGUAAAAGUUGUGUGCAUUAUAUAUGAGAAUAGCUGUCCACCGUGGCUUUGCCUGUGUAGUAGUGAAACAGGACAGUAAGUUGGGCCUCACCUGGCUCCCCACUCCUGACGUCACGCAUGCCCCUCUCCUCGGCCCUCAGCCUCUGUCUACAUUUAGCACGACUAUAUCACUUCUGCAAGUGAGCUAGGACUCUUAAAAUGAUGAGAGAAGUCGCAAAAUCAACCGGAAUGUUCAAGCAAAUAAUAGAAAAAAA